AUGGAUUCCCAAGAAUUACUUAGGAUUCUAGAGAAUCCUGAUCUAUUCAAACAAAAAUCAGAUUUAUUAAGAAAUGAUCUUGCGAAGCAUAUUAGGAAGCAGGAUUCAAGAUUACAUCAACUACAGGAAGAUUUGGAUACAUCCAAGGGUGCAAAUAAAGCAUUUAAGCAAGCUUUGAGUGAAAUAGGCACAGUUGUUAUUUCUGUUGCUAUGGGUGAUUUGUCAAAAAAAGUUGAAAUUCACACGGUAGAAUCCGAUCCAGAGAUCUUAAAAGUCAAAAUUACUAUCAAUACAAUGAUGGAUCAAUUACAGGCAUUUGCAAACGAAGUCACAAAGGUUGCAACAGAAGUUGCAAACGGAGAAUUAGGAGGACAAGCGAAGAAUGAGGGGUCCGUGGGUAUUUGGCGUUCCUUGACUGAUAAUGUUAACAUUAUGGCUCUCAAUUUAACAAACCAAGUGAGAGAAAUUGCAGACGUUACAAGAGCAGUCGCAAGAGGCGAUUUAUCCAGAAAGAUUAACGUUCAUGCUCAAGGAGAAAUUUUACAGUUACAAAUGACGAUCAAUACAAUGGUAGACCAAUUACGAAAAUUUGCAUUUGAAGUAUCCAAAGUGGCAAGAGAUGUUGGAGUUUUGGGUAUUUUAGGUGGCCAAGCUUUGAUCGAUAAUGUCGAAGGUAUAUGGGAAGAAUUAACUGAUAAUGUAAAUGCAAUGGCCCUUAAUUUAACUACUCAAGUGAGAAACAUAGCCAACGUUACCACAGCAGUUGCAAAAGGUGACUUGUCUAAGAAAGUUACUGCUGAUUGUAAAGGAGAGAUUUUAAACUUGAAAUUGACAAUUAACCAGAUGGUGGAUCGAUUGCAGAAUUUUGCUUUGGAGGUUACCACUCUAUCUAGGGAAGUCGGUACUCUAGGUAUUUUAGGGGGCCAAGCUAAUGUUCAAGAUGUCGAAGGAGCAUGGAAGGCGGUGACUGAAAACGUGAACUUGAUGGCAACUAAUUUGACGAAUCAAGUGCGUUCCAUUGCGACUGUUACAACUGCUGUUGCUCAUGGUGAUUUAUCUCAAAAGAUUGAUGUGCAUGCCCAAGGUGAAAUUUUGCAGCUAAAGAAUACCAUCAAUAAGAUGGUUGACUCAUUACAACUUUUCGCAUCUGAGGUCUCGAAGGUUGCACGAGACGUCGGUAUUAAUGGUAAAUUAGGAAUUCAGGCUCAAGUGAGCGAUGUAGAUGGAUUAUGGAAAGAGAUCACGUCUAAUGUCAAUACAAUGGCAUCUAAUUUAACUUCCCAAGUUAGGGCUUUUGCUCAGAUUACAGCAGCUGCUACUGAUGGCGACUUCACAAGAUUUAUUACUGUCGAAGCUUCUGGUGAAAUGGACGCUUUGAAAACAAAGAUUAAUCAAAUGGUUUUGAAUUUAAGAGAAUCUAUUCAAAGAAAUACAGCUGCAAGGGAAGCAGCAGAGUUGGCUAACAGCGCUAAAUCAGAAUUCUUAGCUAAUAUGUCCCAUGAAAUAAGAACUCCGCUAAAUGGUAUAAUUGGUAUGACACAGCUCUCUUUGGACACCGAGCUAACUCAGUACCAAAGAGAAAUGCUCUCGAUUGUUCAUAACUUGGCAAACUCUUUAUUGACAAUUAUAGACGAUAUUUUGGAUAUCUCGAAAAUUGAGGCAAACAGAAUGACAGUUGAACAGAUAGAUUUUUCAUUAAGAGGCACAGUAUUCGGCGCUUUAAAGACAUUAGCGGUAAAGGCUAUUGAGAAAUCUUUGGAUUUAAAAUAUCAGUGUGAUUCCUCUUUCCCUGAUAAUUUGAUUGGUGAUUCAUUUAGAUUAAGGCAAGUUAUAUUGAAUUUAGCUGGAAAUGCAAUAAAAUUUACCAAGCAAGGAAAGGUGACUGUGAGUGUGAAAAAGUCUGAUAAAGUGGCUGAAGACAAUCGUAAAUUACUUUUAGAAUUUUGUGUUAGUGAUACGGGUAUCGGUAUUGAGAAAGACAAGUUAGGUUUAAUAUUUGAUACAUUUUGCCAAGCUGACGGAUCUACUACGAGAAAAUUUGGAGGGACAGGUCUCGGUUUGUCAAUUUCAAAGCAGCUUAUUCACUUGAUGGGUGGAGAAAUCUGGGUUACGUCGGACUAUGGCGAGGGUUCAAACUUCUACUUUACUGUGAGUGUUUCUCCUUCGAGUAUUAGAUAUACAAGGCAAACAGAGCAACUCCUUCCAUUCAGUUCCCAUUAUAUCCUUUUCAUAUCAACGGAACAUGCUGAAAAUGAAUUAGAAGACAUUAAAAAUGGCAUCAUUGAAUUAGGGUUGCAACCAAUUAUCGUGCAUAAUAUUGCUGAUGCUAACCUUACGGAGCCUGUCAAAUAUGACACCAUAAUGAUUGAUUCGAUUGAAACCGCUAAAAAUUUGAGGCUUCUACCGGAAGUGAAAUACAUUCCUUUAGUAUUAUUACAUCAUUCAAUUCCAGAACUUAAUAUGAGGGUGUGCAUUGAUCUAGGCAUUUCUUCUUACGGUAACACACCAUGUACAAUCAGUGAUCUUGCAAGUGCUAUAAUACCGGCACUAGAAUCUAGAUCUAUAUCUCAGAAUACAGACGAAUCUGUUAGCUACAAGGUUUUGUUGGCUGAAGAUAACUUGGUCAAUCAAAAAUUAGCGGUCCGGAUCUUGGAAAAACAGGGCCAUCAGGUGGAAGUAGUAGAGAAUGGAUUAGAGGCAUAUGAAGCGAUUAAGAAGAAUAGAUAUGAUGUUGUAUUGAUGGAUGUCCAGAUGCCAGUUAUGGGUGGUUUUGAAGCUACAGAAAAAAUAAGGCAGUGGGAAAAGAAGUCAAAUCCAAUUGAUUCAUUAACAUUUAGAACACCCAUCAUCGCAUUAACGGCACACGCUAUGUUGGGUGAUAGAGAACGGUCAUUAGCAAAAGGAAUGGAUGAUUAUGUCUCAAAACCAUUGAAACCUAAAUUACUCAUGCAGACUAUCAGUAAGUGUAUCCACAAUAUCAGACAACUAAAAGAAUUGUCAAAACAAAACAACAGUAAUAGGACAUCGGACUUUGCUAAAAACUUGAAGAAAGGAUCAAUUAAAAACAACCAUAAUUUGUUGACGAACAUCGGCACAAGUCCAAGAAAUAGUAGAGUGAUCGAAAUUCAUUCGAGCUCGCCUAUAAAAGAUACGACUGAUAUUUCUGUUCAUUCAGCACCUGUGACUGAUCUGUCUGAGUCCUUGCUCGACCCUAUGAGCCCAGAGAUCAGACGUUUGGAUUCUAAUGAACAUUUGGGAAAUGGCCGACCUGGUCAAUUGUCUAUGAAUACUAGAUCAGUUACUGAGAGUGCAAUUCCAUCCAAGUCAUCGAUGGAACUGGAGUUGGCAGAAUAG